AUAUAAAACUGCGGGCGAAAGAACUUUGCCUCUGUACAUACCUUUUGGAUUGGGCGUUACAAUAGGAAGGCGAAAUGGAUGCUUUGGCCGUAUUCGGAACAGGUGCUCCGCUGCUUCUCCGGCCGCGGACGAGAACCUUCUGCAGCUUAACCUACUCUCGGACGACUGCACUGCGCCGCUGCGACCAUCUUUCAGCAUUCCCUUCGAAUUCUCAUCUCUUCUACAAAUUUACUACACGUUCUCGUGCUGCUUCGGUUGCCAAUGAAUCCUUUAUCUUUUUGCCUCAUUUGGUUGCCUCCCUGGAGCGAGUCGACCAGACUUACAUUAUGGUGAAACCUGACGGCGUUCAACGUGGUCUUGUUGGAGAGAUAAUUUCGCGAUUUGAGAAGAAAGGAUUUAAGCUUACUGGUUUGAAGCUCACGCAAUGCUCAAAGGAUUUGGCUGAGGAACACUAUAAAGAUCUUAAGGGGAAGUCCUUUUUUCCUGGUUUAAUUGAGUACAUAACAUCAGGCCCUGUUGUGUGUAUGGCAUGGGAGGGUGUUGGCGUUGUGGCCUCAGCACGUAAGUUAAUCGGAGUUACGAAUCCUCUUGAAGCCGAGCCAGGAUCGAUAAGAGGGGAUCUUGCUAUUCAAAAAGGAAGGAAUGUGAUUCAUGGGAGUGAUAGUCCUGAGAGUGGCAAGCGUGAAGUAGCCCUCUGGUUCAAAGAAGGUGAAUUGGUGGACUGGGAGCCAGCUCUUGCAUCAUGGCUGAUAGAGUGAUGUUGUCUAUGAAGCCUUCUCGUCCUCGGUGAGAAUUGUUGAUUAUUAUUCUUGUCUGUAAUCUUGAAUUAUAGAUUAAGAUUCCAGUAUAGAGUCCUGUAAUAAUCUUCCUCACAGACCCGUUUAUGCAAAAAGGAGGAAAUCCAUUUUGAAUA